AAUGCAUAACGCUGUGAUUACUAUACCUUAACAUGGAAAUGGCAGACUAUAUAAAACUUCAAUUUGCAGACACUUUGAAUUAGGUAACUGUUCAAUUGGAGAUAAAUGUCAAUUUGCACAUGGUUAAAAAGAAUUGAGAAAUCCUAAUGGUAUUAUCAAAAAAUUAUACUCUAGAUCCAAUAUUAGGUAAAAUACCAACAAUUGAUUCAAAUAUAGUUAUCACAAAUUAUAAGAGUAUUAAUAAUAUUAUUAUAUUACAGCUGUUUUAUGCAAAUAUGAUUAAUAAGGAUUUUGUAAGAAUGGAGUAAAUUGUCCAUAUGCUCAUGGAACUAAUGAAAAGAAAUAAGCAAGAUUAGCUCCUGUAUAAUUGAAACAAUUAUAAGAAAAUAAAGAAAAUGGUGAUGAUGAAAAUGUUGUUAAAUUUCUUAAUUAAUUGACUGAUAAAUUAAUGAAAAAUGAUGCUUUCAAAAAUGAUAAGGUAUAUAAAAUUACUAAUUAUGUAUAAAGCAAGUCUUAGUUUAACUAAAAUAAACUCAAACUAUGAUUGAAGAAAAGCAUCAUAGAGAUGCAGCUGAAUAGUUGUCAUUAGUUUUAUCUUCUCCAUCUAGAUCCUCAAAAUAAUAAAAAGCGUACGAAACAGUUUAUAAAUCUUUAACAUUGAAUUGA